AAAAAGAAAAGAAAACCCCACCAAGGUUUUGAUUAAUACAAGAGACCCAAAAAAAAAACAAAAAAAAAAUGUCUAAACCGCGGGAAGACGCAGCGGGCAAGCCUUCAGUUCAAGUUCAAGCGCCCCCAGUCAGCCUCCUGAACAACGCCCACGCAAGCAUCAGUCUCAGCAGCAGGCGCCGCAGCUCGCCCGUGGCGCCCCUCCAGCGGUUCGACUCGCUCAACAAGACUGCCAAUUUCUGCACCACGACCGUCGCGGUCAUCUCGCCGCCGCCGACCCCCCACUCGCCUCGCUUCGCGCACAAGCGGGAGACGCUCGCGCUGCCGCUCCGCCUGCGCAGCAACUCGGGGCUGUCGCUGCACACAAACUCGGCCGCCUUUAGGCAGUACACCGACUACAGCAACCUGGACGGGUCGCCCAUCACGCCGAGCUUCUUCAACCAGGACGCCACCACUUUUGCCAUCGACUCUGCGUUUAGGCCGCGGACGAGCGGCCAAGAUGCGCCUAGUGGUGGAGGUGGCGGUGGUGGUGGUGGUGGUGAGGGGUUGUCGUCUAAUCAGUACAGAAACGGCAGGAGGGAGAGCAUGGCGAGCGUGCUGACUUCGUCGCCUUCGAAGACGGGGUCGUGUCCGGUGCUGUGCGUGCCCGAGUUCUUCACCAAGGAUGUCAUCCAGAUUGUGCUGCAGAGCCAGACCACGUUUGACAGGCUGAUGUGGUACGCCGAAAGGCACAAGUCGACGGAUGGAAUGGAGUAUCUAGCCAAGCUCAAAGAGUACCAACAAUCGGUAAACAGCGUCACGGCCAGCCUAUCCCGCAUCAGCACAGAAAACACCUCCUUCGCGGCAACCACGCCGCUGCACCUCCCCUCGGGCAUCUCGCGCCACCUCAACGCCGAUGUCAAGCACAUCACGGCCUCGGUGCUCCCGGCGCUCGAGAACGUCUUCCGCGACGCCAAGGCCCACAUCGAGCAGCGCAUCAUCCGCGACCUGUACCCGGGCUUCGUCAAGAACCAGCUCUCGCUCGCCACCGAGGCCGCCCUCGCCACCGCCAACAGGGGCUCGUUCCAGUCGCGCUUCCCGGGCCUGGCCGCGUCCUUUUGCCUCACCGAUCCGCUGCUGCCCGACAACCCCAUCGCGUUUGCGUCGGACGGCUUCCUGGGCCUCAGCGGCUGCCCGCGCGAGGAGGUGGUUGGUCAGAACUGCCGCUUCCUCCAGGGCGGCGGCCUGCAGAACCUGGGCGUGACUAGGAUCAAGAGCGCCGUCAGCUCAGCCAGCGCGGGCAGCGCGGGCAGCAGCGUGGGUAGCGUGGGCGAGGGAGCGAGUCACGGCGCAGACGGCGGGGUUGAGACGGUGCUGAACUACACGCGCGACGCCCACGGAAACCUCAAGCCCUUUUGGAAUCUGCUCUUCGUCUGCCCCCUGAGGAACAGCACAGGCAAGAUCACAUACUAUCUCAAUGCGCAGAUCAACAUAUCCGAGGCGGUGGGCUCCGACAAGGAGGUGCUCGAGAUAUUGAGCGUGAGGCCCUCCGAGCCCGACAGUCUCCCUCCUUCAACAUCAUCGUCGUCGUCGUCAUCCCCCAUCCUCGGCCUCUCCCAUGCCAUCACGGCCCCCAGCCCAUCCUACACUGGCCGGUUCAACAACACCAGCCAAGAAUCCAUGCUAGCCGCGCAGCAGCAAAAGCAGCAGCAGCAGCAGCAGACACCAAAGCGACGCUCCACAACCCGCGGCUUCAGCUUCAUGAGCUUCCGCAAGAACCACAACUCAGACUCCAAGUCGUCGCGCGGACAAUCCCGCGCCUCCACCUUCCCCGAGCCGGUCUCCUCCUCCUACCCCGGCCCAGACCAACUCCACCUCCCCACGGCCUCUCCCUCCGCCAGCUCCAGGAGCACAACGCCCAACACCACAGCCUCGUCCACCCUGGAUUCCGCCAGCACCGCCGCCACCCAGCAGCAAUCCCCAGACCACCCGGGCGCCUACGCCCGGCACAUGGUGCUCGAGUACGCGGCCGGCGACAAGGCCUCGCGGGGCAGCAGCAGCAGCAGCAGCAGCAGCCACCGCCACCAGCUGCGGUGCGCGUUUGCGUCGCCCGGCGCCCUGGCGGCGCUGGGGCUCUCGACGCUCGACGAGGUGCGCGACCGCGACGUCUUUGACGUGCUGGGCGAGACGGGCGCCGCGUCCAAGGCGGUGCGGCGGGGCAUCCUGUCCAAGGUCGCGGGCGGGGAGAAUGUGAGCGUCAGGCUGCGGGUGGGCGGCGGCGGUGCCUUCUCGGGGUCCCACUCUCCGGCGCAGCAGCAGUCUGGCUAUCAAAGCUGCGUCGUCGGUCCCGAUCAGCAGUGGAGCGUCGAGGCGGCGCUGGAUCGGCUCGCGGACUGGAGGCACGCGCACCAUUCCGUCGAUGACGUCUCGCGGCACGGGCGCGAGGCCGCCUUCCACUUCACGCCGCUGAAGGAUGCGGCCGGGUGCGUGCGCUGGGUGGUGUUGAUUGUCGUGCCUGUGAGGGUCAGGAGGGCGACAUGAUUUAUUUCCAUUGGCCAUUUGGCCUUUGCUCAUCUCUUCUUCUUCUUCUUUUUUUUAUAAUCUCUUCUUUCCUUUGUCGAAACGCAUCGAGGAGAAAUACCACCAGCUGGGUUUGGAAAGCAUACUUAUAUAUACACACAUCUAUGGCAUCGCAAAGGGGGGCAUAGGAUAUAAAAAUUAGAUAGCAUAUUAGAUUUCCCAAGUACAUAUAAUGAGAAACGAAC